AUGGAUUACUUCAACUCUAGUUGCAUUGAAAAACUCCAGAAAUGUAGCUCAGAAACAGCUUUCUCCUUGCAAAGAGAAGAUACGUUAUCCCCAAACACCAACACCAACCGAGAUGGUGCAAUAGAUGACGAGUGCAUAGAAAGAUUGCUCCAAGUUCAACUAGAGGCCGGGGUCAUGGACUUUGAUUCCAUCAGUCAAGAUACAAUAAUGGGUACUCCUGAGAGUGUUGUAGAAAUCGGAUCAUGUGUCGAAAUGAAUCAAGAAAACAUGAGUGCAUCAGUAGAACGGAGUUCUCCCAUAAACGGAAUUCAAGAAGAGCUGAUGCAAGAAAGCAGCUUGCCUGAUCUAUUAUUGAUGGGAGCUGAAGCUGUUGAAGCACAGAACUGGUCUCUUGCUUCAGCUACUGUUGAGAAGCUUAACGAUCUCUUAAGUAAUACAGAGAAUGGAGAUGAUUCAUUCAAGAGGUUGGCUCUUUUCUUCACUCGAGGUCUGAAUUACAAGAGCAAUACUUCUCUGCAAAUGAAGAAUGAACCAGUAGCUGAACACACUAACAAUAUUUUUGCCUUUCAGAUGCUUCAAGAACUCUCUCCUUAUGUAAAGUUUGCGCAUUUCACAGCCAACCAAGCGAUCCUUGAGGCUACACAAGGCGAUCAUGAGGUCCAUAUCAUUGAUUUUGACAUCAUGGAGGUUCAGUGGCCACCUUUGAUGGUUGAGCUUGCAAUGAGGAAGGAUGCUUUCCUCAGAAUAACAGCCAUCAUAGCAGACCAGACAAAUGCUGUCAAUGUUCAACAGACAGGAAGAAGAUUGAAAGAGUUUGCCAAUUCAAUCAAUCUAGCAUUCAUGUUUGAUCAGAUGGUGAUAGUAAGAGAAGAAGAUUAUGAAAAAAUAGUAGUUGGUAAUACUUUGAUAGCCAAUUGUAUGAUUUACCAGCUUCACAUGCCUAACAGAAGUUUUCAAUUGGUCAAAAGUUUUUUGGCUGGUAUGUUCAAACUAACCCCUAAAAUUUUAAUUUUGGUCCAAGAAGAAUUGUUCAAUUUUAAUAGAAUCCAAUCCAUGUCCUUUGUAGAGUUCUGCUGUGAGGCCUUCCAUCAUUACACUGCACUCAGUGACUCACUGGAGAACAGCUUUUGUGGUGGGUAUAAAAUGAGGUUUAGGCUAAUAGAGGAGUUGUUGGGGAUUAGGAUUUUAGAUAGUUUGAAGCAGUUCCCUUGUGAGAAAAAUGAGAAAAUGUUGUGGGCAAAUGGGUUUGCUUACUUGAAGGGAUUUAGGAGAAUCCCACUGAGUUUUAGUAAUAUUUCUCAAGCUAAGUCCUUGGUGAGCCUGUUUGGUGGGGGGUAUUGGGUGCAGCAUGAGAAUUGCAUGUUGGCUUUGUGUUGGAAGUCAAGGCCUUUGACAACAGCAUCCAUCUGGGUGCCAAAAACAAAAGCAAAGUGA